CUUAAAUAUAUUUCUUUUAAGUGUCGUAUAAAUAAGGCGAUCCGUCUCCGUACGUCCCGAUCCUAAUCGCCUCCAUUCUCCCGAGAGAUGGUGGAAACUGCUUUGCUCCGCGGAUUCCGGAACGCCAAUUUGGGGUCGCCCCAGGAGCUCUCGGUCUCGAUCCUUUUUCCUUGCCUUCGGCACAUGAAUUAACGUUCACGGGCUGAUUUCCGAAUUGCUUUUGGGGUCUUCUUUUAAUGAGAUUCUUGUAAGGAUGACAUCCGCUGACCUAAUUGGGAUGCUGGCGUGUGUCGCACUCGGAGAGGCAUUGGCGCGGACUUCUUCUUUUGUUAUCUCCAAAAUUCAAAUAGCGUAAGUUUCUUUGAGGAUGAUCAUGGAUUCGAUUGAGGCUGAGGAGAACCUGUUUGCCGUCAGCGAUGCAAAGUUGCAUGGAGCAAUGUGUAAACAACUUUCAAAAAUUGUUUAUAAAGUCUUGGGAAUAUUUCCUGUGCUGGAAGCAGCAAGGCCUAGAAGCAAGUCUGGAAUACAGGCAUUAUGUUCAUUGCAUGUGGCUAUAGACAAGGCCAAGGGUCUUCUUCAACAUUGCUCAGAAUGUAGCAAACUUUACUUGGCUAUAACCGCGGACUCAAUUCUUGUAAAAUUUGAGAAAGCCAGAGGUGCUCUUGAACAGAGUCUUCGGCGAGUUGAGGACAUAGUUCCACAAGCUAUUGGUUGUCGGAUUAUAGAGAUCAUCCGAGAGUUGGAGGUGACUGUCUUCACCUUGGAUCAAUCAGAGAAGCAAGUUGGUGAUGAAGUGAUCUCACUGCUGCAAAAGGAGAAAAGAUUUAGCAGUAAUUCCAAUGAUGGUGAAGAACUUGAAGUUUUCCACCAAGCUGCCUUAAAGCUGGGCAUUAUGUCAUCUAGGGCAGCUCUGACAGAGAGAAGAGCUCUAAAGAGGCUGAUAGAAAGGGCACGUGCCGAGGAAGACAAGAGGAAGGAAUCGAUUGUUGCAUACUUAUUGCAUCUCAUGAGAAAAUAUUCAAAACUUUUUAGAAAUGAGGCAGCCCAGGACACUGACUCCCAAGGUUCUGCUCCAUGUUCACCUACUGUCCUUGGUUCUAUUGAGGAUGUUGGCAAGAAUGGCCAAGUGUUUGAGAGGCAGAUAUCAAAAGUCAGUUCUUUUGAUUUCAAGAAAAAUGGUGUGAAAUCAAGUAACAUGCCAAUACCUCCUGAGGAGCUAAGAUGUCCAAUCUCCUUGCAACUCAUGUAUGACCCAGUCAUUAUAUCAUCUGGGCAGACAUAUGAACGGGUAUGCAUCGAGAAAUGGUUCAAAGAUGGACAUAAUACUUGCCCAAAGACCCAGCAACAACUGCCUCAUCUCAGUCUUACACCGAAUUAUUGUGUUAAAGGCUUAAUUGCAAGUUGGUGUGAACAGAAUGGCGUCUCAGUACCUGAAGGUCCACCUGAAUCUCUUGAUUUGAACUAUUGGAGGUUAGCAUUAUCAGAGCAUGAUGCCACAUACUCGAGAUCUAUGGGAAGCAGUGGUUCUUGCCAAAUGAAGAAUGUGCAACCAGUUCCUAUGGGGGAGAGUGGUGUAGUGGAGAAACUGAAGGUGGAUCAGAGUGCAACUGUGGACAAUGGCUCGUGUGGAGAUGAUGAAGUGGAUGAAUUUGAAAGAUAUGAGAACUUGCUGGCAGUGUUCAAUGAAGGUGGAACAGUGGAGAAACGGUGCAUAGUUGUCGAGCAGAUAAGAUUCCUUCUGAAGGAUGAUGAGGCAGCUAGGAUCUAUAUGGGCGCAAAUGGGUUUAUGGAGGCACUUGUCCAGUUUUUGAGGUCAGCUGUUCAUGAAGGAAACACAAAAGCCCAAGAUUCUGGUGCAAUGGCACUCUUCAACCUUGCUGUCAACAAUAACAGGAACAAAGAAAUGUUGCUGUCUGCCGGAGUGAUACCCCUGCUUGAGGAGAUGAUUCAAAAUUCUGAUGCAUAUGAGGCGGCUGCUGCCCUCUACCUCAACUUAUCAUGCCUUGACGAGGCCAAGCCUAUAAUUGGCUCGAGCCAAGCUGUCCCUUUCCUCAUUCAGCUCCUGCAGGCCCGUCAUCAUAGAAGAUCUUGCAAGCACGACGCCCUCUAUGCUUUAUACAACCUCUCAACACACCCUGCAAAUAUUGCUUCCCUCCUUGCUGCUGGCAUUAUAAACUGUCUUCACUCCUUUACAGCUCCUUCAGGUUCCACUGGUAACAUAUGGUCUGAGAAGGCCUUGGCAAUCUUAAUAAACUUGGCAUCAAGCGUCGAGGGAAAGAAGGAAAUAGUCUCCACUGCAGGUAUCAUUGGAGCAAUUGCAGGGAUCCUGGACACUGCGGCACCAGCUGACCAAGAGCAGGCUGCGUCGUGCCUCUUAAUUCUAUGCGACGACGACAAGUGCAUCCACAUGGUACUACAGGAAGGAGUGAUACCAGCUCUCGUGUCUAUCUCAGCCAACGGAACACCGAGGGGGAGGGAGAUGGCACAGAAGCUGCUGAAACUAUUUCGAGAACAGAGGCAACGCGAACUGUCACCCAUGCAGGAGCAACUGCACCAGGUGUAUCGAACAAUGUCUAUUGGUGGUGCCAGUGCUCCUGAAGUGAGGCCACUGAGCAAAUCAAGAUCGCGAAGACUUGGGCGGGCGUUGACGUCAAUGUGGAAGAACAGGAAUUCUUCAUGGAAUCACUGCUAGAACCGGGUACGAAGAAAUCACUCAUGUAAACUUUGAUCAUUAAUCCUCCUGUAGCAGUUUUCCCCUUGCCUUCAGCGAGGUAUAGGAAUAAAGCCCGGAAAUGUACAGGUCUCUUCCAUUUGGGAAGUUGUAGGUAUUGCUUGUAUAUCCCUCACUACUUGUACAACAGUGCAAUCUUUCCAAUGCAAUGUCAGUUCGUCACUUGUUGCCACUGUCAAA